CAUAUUUCCACAAUAACAGACUUCUUGCUUUCUCCGAGCGUCGUUUAGACAAGGGCGCUUCGAGGAUAGCAUCGAUAAGUUCAUAUUGAGUACCCUCCAGGUCGUGGAAAGGACGCUACGGUCAUAUGCGAAGUAUCUCCGAAGAACGUGCGUCGGAGUUUGUAAGCCGCGGUAGCGGAAAAGGCCACAGCGCUCUGUUUUUUCGCCAUCGUGCCAUAGGAUAUCGAUCGCAAGUACUCAAAACAAAAUUCCUCGAGUGCACAAGCAAAUGAUUUCUCGCUUCUCUAUCGUUACCCUCGUAUUCUUCAUCAUCUCUAUAGUACUCGUAAUUCGGCCCGCCUCAUUUCCCAUACGACUUCCGUACGUUGGGCGUAGAAGGAUCUCAUUGGAUCUUUUGACUGCUCCGAUUCUAGUAAUUGCAUUGCUAUGGGCUGCUCAAUGUUUGGGGCCGACACAGAUACGCGACGGUAUCGUUGGUACAGGUUCGCUCUUUGGUUGAAUCCUCGUUUCGCUGUUCUGAUGAAUAACGAACAUUAGAUGGCGUUAAACCGUACAACAUCCUUAUCCUAUUCUUCUCUCUUGCAUACAUGGCGAUAACAUUGGAUAUAACUGGGGCGCUCCAGGCUGCCGCCUUCUGGGUCAGCAACAAAGGAGGUUCAAACGGAUGGAAGCUGUUCUUUUACUUCUAUCUCAUGCUCACCAUGCUGGGUGUCAUCCUCGGGAACGAUCCUGUCGUUCUUUCAGGCACGCCCUUUUUGGUUUACUACACCAACGCCACUGGGCUAGAACCUAUGCCAUGGCUCAUGGCCGAGUUUGCUGCUGCGAACACAGCUAGCAUGGUCCUUUUCCUCGGGAACCUCACCAACGUCGUGAUAUGUGAAGGAUUCCGGAUCAACAACGUCGCAUUUAGUGCCUAUACCAUUCUCCCAUUCUUGGCCUGUAUAGUGACCUGCUUUAUCGCGUUCGCUUUCCAAUUUUUCAGCACCCAGCACAUCCCAAAGAAGCUUCGACACACCGGCUACUUGAACCCCAAAGAUGUUUUGUGUGACCCUGUCGGUGCUUGGGUCGGUAGCAUCGUCCUUGGGAGCUGUCUCGUGGUCAUCAUUGUCGUCAGUUUCUUCAACGUGGAUGUUUGGAAGGUCACUUUGCCGUUCGCAGUUGCUAAAUGUAUAUGGGACCUUUGUUGGGAUCAUUUCCAAUACGUGACUGGUAGAAUUCCCUGCGCCUGCCGUUUAGGAGGAAAAGAGGGAGAAUCGGUCAAUCCAGUGAAGGAUGCGCUGGCGGAGACGAGUGAGAAGACACCCCAAGAUAACUUUCCUUCGACUUCUCCUACGCUUAACAACGCAUCUACAAGUACUCCAAAGCCUCUCUCCCCCGCAUCCACCACACCAGUCACUGCGGAAGCCCUCGUCGUACCAGACAGUCCGGAAAAACCUCGCACAGAUCCCAACACAAACAAAAUCCAUGAGAUUGUUCCAGGCCCAUUUCCAGCACUCCGACUGCGUCUACAAACCACCUACUCCUCCCUAUGCGACCAUUUUCCGACGUUUUUCCUUGCCAUACCCCGAUUGCCGUUCGCGCUGGCCCCCUUCUCCUUCUCACAGUUUAUAUUGAUUGAAGCGUUGGCACAUCAAGGAUGGAUAGACGUUUUUGCCCGAUGGCUAGUCAUCGCUUCCAAAGACCAGAUCCAUCCUUGUAUUUGGCUAAUAGGAGUCCUUGGGGUCAUCCUUUGCAAUAUCGCCGGAACGAACAUCGGAGCCACUAUUUUUUUAACGAAAGUCGUACGGGCGGCUGAACUUUCGAAUGAAAGCACCCGUGCUUCUGGUAUCGCCCUCGCAGUGGCAAGUAAUAUCGGCGCUGUGAGCUUUACGUUCUCAGCAAGUCUCGCCGGAUUACUGUGGAAGAUGAUAAUACAACAAAAGGGUAUCAAGAUCAAGCAAACGACGUUUGCUUUUUGGAAUUUAUUACCGAUAUUAGUGAUGACGGGUGUUGGUUUGGGGGUGGUGUCUGCUGAGAUGGCAGUUUUGUAUGGUUAACUAUGGAUGGGUGGUUUCUCUUUCGAUGGGCUAUGGGUUUGCACCAUGUAAAAUCUCCUUUCUCUGCCUGUUUUUUAUACGUUUCCCAAAAGACCUUCACGUAGGUUAGUUCGGCCAAAAUACCGUAUUUGUGUGGUAACACAAGAAAAUAGAGAGAGACUGAAAGAAGCG